GCCUUGGACAUAAUGGCGCCGUCCUGUGGUGUAUUUUUGUGGACAAGGACAAGCUCGACACUACUUGUCAGUGGUGUUUUCAUAAUCAUGGCGAGGUUUUUGAGGCCUAAUAUCAGGACUUUUGUCACCUCACAGCUGAGAAUGUCAUCCGACCAGCUGGGUGAGCUGGGUAAAGGUGCCGGGAAAGGUGGUGGUGGUGGAGGCUCUAUUAGAGAGGCAGGUGGAUCCAUGGGGAAGAAGCAGGCUGCAGAGGAGGAGAUGUACUUCAAGCGCAAGGAGAAGGAGCAGCUGGCAGCACUAAAGCAGCACCAUGAGGACGAAAUUGAUCACCACAAAAAGGAGAUUGAACGUCUCCAGCGCGAGAUUGACCGCCACAAGGGAAAGAUCAGAAAGCUGAAGCAUGACGACUGAGUGAAGCCUUUAAAAUAAAACAAAAGUUUUGUUUUUUUUCUCCUCACUGUCCAAGACUCAUUUAGUAACCACGCUAGUUUCUGCGUGCACUGUGUUAUGCCAGUCAUGAAUGCUUGAGUGAUGGUACUUAUGUAAAUUCUUGAAAGGUAUUAAAAUUGAUUAAAAGAAA